CUUGAAUAGAACUCUACCCAAGCUUUUCUCUCUGUCCGUAUCAGCCGCCUCCAUGGCGCAUCCCAAGCCUUAGAGAUCUGUUUUUCUCUUGUCUUCAAACCCUCAAAAAAAGAUGGCAACUUCUUACAAAAAUCUGAUCUUAUACACAUCACUCUGUCUAACACUCACCCUCAUUCUCAAAUUGCUCAAAAUCCCAAUCUUUUUUCUUCAUGGGCUCUUCACUUAUAUUCACCCGGAUGCUGUUGACAACUCCAAGGGUAUCAAAGCAGCUAUUCGAAGACCCGAUUCGGAUUCUUCAAGUUUUGAGCUCAAAAAGAGGGGCAGAUCCAAAGAGAAGUACGAAUUCGAUGAAAACAAUGCUCAGAUCUUCAGGUUGAAGCUGGACGAGGGUCAUCUCGAAACGCGAAUCUAUUUCAAAGAGUAUUGUGAUGCUUUUAGGCUCUCUCUUGUUGGGGUUUUGUGUUUAUUGCUUAAGAUUUUUUUAAGUGUUUCGGAGGAUUCUGGGGUUUUGGGAAAUGAGGUUCUGGUUCCGGUGCUUUUGGGGGUUGUGGGUGUGGGUAAAGUGUUUGUGAUUCUCGCAAAGGUAUCGUUCGAGAAAUCGGCGUCGAAGAGGUCUGAGAAGCAAUUGAGUGUUGGUAUGGGGUUUUUGGGGUUUUUGUUAGGGUCUAUUAUUUGUUGUGAAUUGGCUCCCUCAGUUUUUGAUGUUAAAUUUGGAUCAAUUGAUGGGUUUGGGAGGAUUUCUGUUGCUCUUUUGAUGGGCUGCUUUUCGGGUUUCUUGUUUAUGCCUGCAACCAAGUGUGCUCGGGCAUUUUGGAUUGGAACUGAUCAGCUUCGAUGGAAUUUGUCAAUAAUUUCAUGUGGCUGGAUUGCUAGAGUGAUCCUUUAUGUUAAUUAUCUGUUAAUUGUGUUCACAGCAUUGCUCUGGAUUAAACCAAUGACAGCAGUCCUUGUCAAUGUAAACAAUAGUGAUACUAAAGAAGCAAUCGGGAAUGCUGACAAAUUGGUUGAGAAUUUGGGUAUAUCCCAAUCAGAUUUUGAGAAGCUUAGAGUUUGGUGUUUGUUGCUUUCGGGGAUUUUGCAAGUUGUGGCUUUGCGCCCGAACUUGCAAAUGUAUUUGAAUGAAGCAGUGUUGUCGUGGUACCAGCGAUUGCACGCUAGCAAGGUUCCGGACUUGGAUUUUAGCAGGGCAAAGGUGUUUCUGCACAAUCACUACUUAUGCCUUGUAGUUUUGCAGUUUUUUGCACCGCCAGCACUGGUACUUCUCUUUCUUGGCUUGUCUCAGGUUGAGAGUAACUUAUUUGAAAAUUUCCAGUUCAUAAGUAGUUUACUGCCUUGCUCUGCUUCUUUUAAAGAGGUUGCUUUGUUAUUGGCUUGGUGGGUUGUCUUUGUUUGGGCGAUUUUUACUUCAGCAAGCCUUUUGUUGUAUCGGCGUGGCACUUUGUAUGUUUCAUGAUGACACUGUAUUUUUUUGUCUUGGCCUAAAAUAGUCGGCCAUUGAGUUGGGUUUUAUUUGUUCCUUUGAUAAGUUUUGUGCUUGUAUCGAUCUUGUAUCCGUUUAUCUGUUUGAUGACUUGCAACUUACAACAAUGAAGAACUCCUUAGAGGUUUUACACUUGA